AUGAAAAGACUGUCUAACGAAUCAGUGAAGAUUUUGACAAUUACCUACCAUCUAAAAUAUGACAGAGAAUGCAAUUUUACCUGCGGUGGGAUUCUGGGUAUUUCCUCAACAGUCAGACGAUGUAUUGAGAAAGAAACUGGAAAGGAAUAUGCUGCUAAGAUUAUUGAUUUAAGUAACGAUGAUGCUUCUUUGGAAGGCACCAAACAAGAAGUAAAUAUACUUAGAAUUGUUGCUGGACAUCCGUACAUAAUUGAAUUACAAGAUGUGUUCGAGUCAUCUACAUUUAUAUUCUUAGUAUUUGAACUGUGCAAGCACGGUGAAUUAUUUGAUUACCUCACAUCAGUAGUUACUCUAAGUGAGAAGAAAACAAGGUAUAUUAUGAAGCAAGUGUUUGAAGGUGUACAACAUAUACAUUCACGAGGGGUAGUGCAUAGGGACCUGAAGCCAGAAAAUAUUUUAUUAGAUGAUAAUCUAAAUGUAAAAAUUACAGAUUUUGGUUUUGCAAAGAAGUUAGAGAAAGGAGAUCUCUUACAUGAUUUGUGUGGUACUCCUGGUUAUUUGGCUCCAGAAACCCUCAAAACUAAUAUGUUUGAUAAUGCUCCAGGAUAUUCCUAUGAAGUAGACAUAUGGGCAUGUGGAGUUAUCAUGUAUACUUUAUUAGUAGGUUGUCCACCUUUUUGGCAUAGAAAACAAAUGGUAAUGUUAAGGAAUAUCAUGGAAGGAAAAUAUUCUUUUUCAUCGCCAGAGUGGACUGAUAUUUCAGAAUCACCAAAAGAUCUCAUAAGAAAACUCCUAGUGGUUGACCCUAAACAAAGAAUAAGCAUUGAAGAAGCUUUAAAUCAUGAAUUCUUCCAAUCUGUGCAGCUGUGGGAUCAGAAUUUAUCAAGUUUGAAGCACUCCCUUCGCAAGAACUCACGUAGGAUGACCAUCAUUUCCGAAUUGGCGCUGAAACUUCAAACCAGCAAAUUCAAUGCUCGGAGGAAAUUCAAACUCGCGAUCCUCUUUGUUAGGGCUAUGGUUAGGAUACAAAGGUUAAGGUUUACUCCCGAACCUAUGUCUGUCGAUACUGCCAGAACCGAUCCUUACAGAAUUAAGUUACUAAGAAAGAUUGUAGACGGCUGUGCUUUUCGUGUCUACGGUCACUGGGUUAAGAAAGGGGAGGGCCAAAACAGGGCCGCCCUCUUCGAGAACACGGCCAAAACGGACCUCAAACAUAUCUACCUGGCUAACCUGAGUCGAUAGUACCGAUUAUUAUCGAUUGUUAGGUCAAUUUUAGUUUAAUUCCUAACUUAUUUCCAUUUAGUUUAGGAUAAUUCUUAGCGUGCUUUUCGAAAAGUCCCCAAAACUCAUAAUUUAUUUUCGAGGGGAUUGUCGUACCAGUAAUAAAGAAAAGUACAACCCUUUUAACUUGAUUUAGGUGCUCGAAGUUUAUUGGCUCUUUAAUGGAGGCUCGUAAGAUUAAAUUCAUUGAAUAAAAAGACUACAGUGUGAGAAACUUCGCGACGGUCCAAUUUAACUUCCGGUUGAUCGGUAGAGUUGAUUUUUUAUGCUGUUCCAACUGAGAUCGGAUAAAGUAUACACCCAAUAGCUGGUUUUUUUAUUCUGAGUAACGUUAAUAAUAAUUAAACUUUCCAAUUGAAAUAAAAAUAAUAAAAUAAUUAUCACAAACUACUGGAAUUAUAAUUAAAGCCCUGUAUAUAUACAAUGUCUAUCCAGAAUUAUACACUUUGCAUAGAAUCAAUUAGAAAAUAAACAAGAAAUAAAAUAAAAUAAACAGAGAAAAAUGCAACUAAGUCAACAAAAAACCAGUUUUUAAAGGAAAAAUUCAUAGAUAAAAGAAACAAGUUUAAAUUUGAAAGUGCCCAUAAGGACAAUGUAAAUACUAUUUGGCGCUAUUCUUACAAUUGUCGUUCUCCAAAGCUCUUAAUCAUGGUAUAAAGAAAACAAGGUAUGAUCGAUAGCGGCUCCAAUUUCGUUAAGUUUACGCAUACCACCUGUGAUGUCAUACGCCAUACAAAAAAAAUAUCCAUAUUGUUAAAUU